UCCCCCACCCUCCCCUCCCUUUCUCUCAACCAUACCAACUCCCUCUCGUCCUCUUUAUUUAUUUCCUUCUUCUGGUCUCUCCUCCUUAUGGCUUCCUCCACGGGGAGUUUAGAGACCUCGGCCGAUUCUCAGCCAGCCGCCUUCUCCUUCUCCUUCCCAACGUCCACUUCCUUCUCCGAGCUCCUCCAGGGUGCUGGCAAUGAUGGCGGCGAGGGCCGGUCGAUGACCGGGGCCAGCCGGGGAUUCUCUGGCACCAUGGCUAACAGUGGAGGAGUCGGUCCGAAGUUUAAGUCCAUAACUCCUCCUUCACUGCCCAUAUCUCCACCUCCUAUCUCUCCAUCCUCCUACUUUGCCAUUCCAUCCGGUCUCAGCCCGACGGAUUUCUUAGACUCUCCUGUUCUCCUCUCCUCUAACAUUCUGCAAUCUCCAACCACUGGUAGUUUUUCAACGCAAACUUUAAAUUGGAGGGGACCUGCUGCUGAUUAUCAGCAAGGCGUCAAACAGGAAAAUAAGGCCUACUCUGAAUUCUCUUUCCAAACCCAAGCAAGUAAUGGGACCAUGCAAACAUCAUCCUUCUACCCUUCUUCAAUGGCCAUUUCUUUGGAUCAACAAUCAUUGAAUUAUCAACAACACAGCAACAAUGCCUACGCUAAAUCUGAACUCAUGGCUCCCACCCGAACGAAUUCUUCUGGAAUUCCAACCUCGCAAGCUAGUACCCAAGUUAACAAUGGUGGCUACCAAUCUAAUGUGAGUCAUUCUAGUCAAGCUGCUCAAACCUUGAGAGCGCAGCGGAGGUCAGAGGAUGGCUACAAUUGGAGAAAGUAUGGGCAGAAGCAGGUGAAAGGAAGCGAGAAUCCUCGCAGCUACUACAAGUGCACUUUCCCGAAUUGCCCGACAAAGAAGAAGGUGGAGAGGUCGUUAGAUGGACAGAUCACGGAGAUCGUGUACAAGGGUGCCCACAACCAUCCAAAGCCUCAGCCCACGAGAAGGAACUCGGCUUCCUCUCAAGCAAUUCAGGCUUCGGGUGCUGCCGAAGCAGGUCCUUUCGGGGCACAAUCCGGCAUACUGAUUGAUGCUGUUCAUACACCGGAAAAUUCUUCAGCAUCUUUUGGUGAUGACGAUGUCGAUAUUAGCAAAUCUGGUGCCGAUGAGUUCGACGAAGACGAACCAGACGCUAAGCGAUGGAGGAAAGAAGGUGAGAAUGAGGGGAUUUCAGCGUCGGGCAAUAGGACAGUCCGGGAGCCAAGAGUGGUGGUUCAAACCACGAGUGACAUCGAUAUCCUCGAUGAUGGGUAUCGGUGGAGAAAAUAUGGGCAGAAGGUGGUGAAGGGUAAUCCAAAUCCAAGGAGCUACUACAAAUGCACCACUGUGGGUUGCCCGGUGAGAAAGCAUGUGGAGAGGGCAGCCCAUGAUCUAAGGGCAGUGAUCACGACCUACGAGGGCAAGCACAACCACGACGUUCCUGCAGCUCGUGGAAGCGGAGGCAGUAGGCCUUCAACAGACAACAACAACUUCACCAUGGCUAUUAAACCCUCAGCAAUGGUGAAUCAUCCUAAUCAAAUUGCCGCUGCUGCUUUUUUUAGUAAUCGACCAAGUGCUUCUGCGAGCCAGGCUCCGUUUACGCUCGAGAUGAUGCAGGCCUCAGGAGGCAAUAUUGGAUUCUCUGGAUUUGAUAACUCAAUGAAUUCUUACAUGAAUCAGCAGCAGCAGCAGCAGCAGCAGAGACGCAUGGAGGGUGUGUUCUCUCAAACUAAGGAAGAGCCAAGGGACGACCUGUUUCUCGACUCAUUCCUAUACUGAAAUUUAUAGGAGAGAAAAGCAAUAAACACAGUUGGUUCUACUAGUUAGGAUUCUCAUCAUACAUUUUAUAGGGUUUUGGAUGUAAAUUGAGUCAAGUGGUAUAGAAGAUAUCUAAUCUCAUUCGUUCAUUUGUUUUGAGGCCAAAACCAGGCCUCCCUUACAUCUGUAUCAAUAGCAUAAAGGAAAGAAAGAAAGAGGAACCAGAUUUGAAUAGGUUUAAUUUUCAUGAUGUACCACAGGAUUUUAUGAAAGGUUUAUGAAAGGAAAUUUUUUGCAUAAUCUAUCA